UCUACAGCAGGGCGAUUUUGCGCGUUCCCGCGACUCUCGCCAUAGAAAACAAAGCUGAACGUCUUCCAUAACAGCUAGGGGUGCAGACUUGAGGAAUAUCCGAAUUUAUUCUGGAUACAUCAUGCUGAAUAUGGAUUUACAGUGGGUGUAGCAUCGUUGGAGACCGAGCCUUCUCGGCUGGGGUGACGGCAGGACAUUAGCGAAACCGACGAAAAUAACAUCAGUGUGUUUUUUUCUCGGGGUGCUUUGUCUUGUCCACCUAACGAUAGCAAACCAUCAUUCCCAUUUCAAUUGCAAGAUAUUCAGCUAGUGAUCACUAGCUGCUGCCGGGAUGUAUCAUCAUGUUGUCACCUAAAAGUAACUGCUAGGACAUCGGAUUGUGAAGGAAAAGCAGAAAAACCUCGCCGAGGUCCCAACGGGUUGUCACCGGGACCUGAAUCUGUGUUAGCCACAGUCGCAGAACCCACUGUUUUCGGCGAUAUGGCGGAGCAGGGCUACUCAUCUUGGGCGUACUCCCUAGUUGACUCCAGCCAGGUGUCCACCUUCCUCAUCUCCAUCCUUCUCAUCGUCUAUGGCAGCUUCAGGUCAUUAAACAUGGAUUGUGAGAACCAGGAGAAGGAUAAAGAUGGUAACCCCUCGACAACGGGGUCUUUCAAUAACAGCAACACAAACAACAGUAUUCAGACUAUAGACUCCACACAGGCCCUGUUCCUGCCCAUAGGAGCCUCUGUGUCUCUGCUAGUCAUGUUCUUCUUCUUUGACUCGGUACAGGUGGUCUUCACCAUCUGCACUGCAGUUCUUGCAACAAUUGCAUUUGCAUUCCUCUUGUUGCCAAUGUGCCAGUAUCUGACCAGACCCUGCUCCCCACAGAACAAGAUUUCAUUUGGCUGCUGUGGGCGUUUCACUCUGGCCGAGCUCCUGUCCUUCUCCCUCUCGGUUAUGUUGGUGCUCAUCUGGGUGCUGACUGGACACUGGCUGCUCAUGGACGCUUUAGCCAUGGGUUUGUGUGUCGCCAUGAUAGCCUUCGUGCGGCUUCCCAGUCUGAAGGUGUCUUGCCUGCUGCUGUCAGGACUGCUCAUUUAUGAUGUGUUCUGGGUGUUCUUCUCAGCCUACAUCUUCAAUAGUAAUGUGAUGGUCAAAGUUGCCACCCAACCUGCUGAAAAUCCCAUAGAUGUUCUGUCCAGGAAGCUCCACUUGGGGCCAGGGAUGGGCCGUGAUGUCCCCCGCCUCUCACUACCUGGCAAACUGGUCUUUCCCAGUUCCACAGGAAGUCACUUCUCAAUGCUGGGAAUAGGAGACAUUGUGAUGCCGGGGCUGCUGCUAUGUUUCGUCUUGCGGUAUGACAACUAUAAGAAGCAAGCAAAUGGGGAAGUCCCAGGACCUGGUAACAUGUCCGGACGCAUGCAGCGCGUCUCCUAUUUCCACUGCACUCUCAUCGGAUACUUUGUGGGCCUGCUGACUGCCACUGUGGCCUCCAGGAUCCAUCGUGCUGCUCAGCCCGCUCUGCUUUACCUGGUGCCCUUCACCCUGCUGCCUCUGCUCACUAUGGCCUACCUGAAGGGGGAUUUGCGGCGCAUGUGGUCCGAGCCCUUCCAUGCCAAGACCAGCAGCUCUCGCUUCCUGGAGGUAUGAUGUACCCUGGGAUAAUCGACCAGCGCGGGGAGGACUGCGGAUCCUUUCCCUUAUUUAGAGGGAAGGAGAGAGGGUGCACUCACAGUGAGGCCAUGUUGUCAUCACUUGUUCAUGCUUUCCGCCAAUCUUCUGUGAAAACCCUCAGAAGGACACCAGUGUGUGGAUCACAACGCCCCAACACGACUCAUCUUUGGUCCCCACAUCCUCCCCCGUUUCAUCUCCGCUUCCUCUUUUUUUGUUUAUUUCCUCUUCAUUAUAGCACAUCCUGCCUGUGCUGUUUUUGUUCUGCCCCCCUCCCGCUCUCUUUUUUUUCCUUUUUCCCACUCUUCUAUACUGGUCUCAUUUGCCACUUCCCUCCCGUGGCCCGCUCCAUUCGACAGGCCUCUUCUCUCUCUCUCUUCGUUUUCCUUCUUUCUCUGCGUCUCUAAUUUCCUCUGCAUCUGCUCGUCACCGACUCAGAUGAACUCGAGGGCCAGACCUCCCCCGUUUUUGUGGACUUACAGUUGUGAGACAUGGCUGGGGUUUAUAUAUAUUUUUUUAGCAUUGUCGUGGUCAUUAUUAUUAUUAUUAAUAUUAUUAUUAUUAUGGAACGAUUUAAACAAACGUUGAAGAGGCGGAGUGCUGCAGUGGCCCAGGACAGUGCUCGGGAGCAGCGUCACAGUGAAGGAGAAGAGUCUUCCCCCUCCAUCCGUCUCCCUCUUUCCUCCCCGCUUUCUUCAUCUGUUCUCUUCAUCAUCCCUCAACGAUGGCUUCUCCCUGGCACUCCCACCCUCUGCCGACACUCCCUGCGAUGAGCCCUACCCUCCUCCUCUCUGUUCAUCUGCUGUCCCCAUUCCCCACCCUCACAGAUAACUAUGUAUUUUAUUUAGAAAAGUUUUAUUCUUGGCAUAUACAGAAAUGAUGCAUUAUAAAUCGUUAAGCUGCCCCCAGUGUUUGAGGGGCCGCUGCUAUUUGUAUAUAUGUGUACACAUGUAUUUGCGGUAUAUUGAGUUUGUAUUUGUGUUUGGGAGCAUGUUGUAUAGGGUGGGAAACUGACGCCAGCUAACAGCCCAAGUUUGGUGAAGUUUGGCUGCCGAGUCGACCGGUGGGCUUCCACCACCCAGAGGUUGUUUUCUAAAGUUUGUUGGCUUGUGUGAUAGAAACAUAGCUGAUGGAUUUUUGGAAGAAAAAAAAAAACAAAAAAACAUCUUCAUCCGUGGCUGGUUAAUGAAAAAGUUAGUUUCCUGCUCUAGUGUUAAAGUGUGUGUGUGUGUGUGUGUGUGUGUGUGUGUG